ACAUCCUCAAGAUGAGCGCGCCACCUGCACCACCGCCUCUUGACAGCGGCAACCUCAUCCACUCCCGAGCAAUCGUCUUCAGCGCCUUCUCCCUCCUGAUCGCUCUCCUCAUCUGCCCGCCGCUCACCUGGCACUUCAAGAACCGCAACAUCGGGGCAACAGUCCUCGUUGCAUGCGCUCUUUACGCCAAUCUUCAAUCAUUUGUCAACGCCAUCAUCUGGUCCCACGACGAUGUGAGCUCCUGGUACACCGGCGAAGGCCUUUGCGACGUCGAAGUCAAGCUGCAAGUCGUUCUCCAAAAUGCACUGCCUGCCGCCAUCAGUUGCAUCUUGAGGGCUUUGGCCAAAGUCAUGGACACGGAGAGAUCGUCAUGGGGCACCACCAGAGCUCAGAGACGCAGAGGGUAUGCAGUCGACUUGCUCUGCUGCGUUGGCAUUCCACUCUUGCAAAUGCCGUUUCACUGGAUCGUGCAGCCCUUCCGCUACUACGUCUUUGGCAUCACUGGCUGCUACGCCUCCCUUUCCAUCAGCUGGCCUAUGGUCGUGCUCAUUCUAUUGCCACCACUCCUCUGGACUCUGCUGGACGUGUACUACAGUGUGCUCAUCCUGUACCGACUGAUGAAGUACCGCUUGCAGUUCCGGUCCAUCCUCGCCAACAAUCAAACCACGCGAUCUCGGUUCUUCAGACUCUACGCCCUCUGUGCACUCUGCACGCUGGCCUACUUUCCGCUGCAUGUCUAUACCUUCUACGCCACCAUCGGCAACGACGGCCUCGGUCCGUUCAGCUGGAAUGAAGUUCACCACCCAACUGCUUACAGCUGGGAUGCGGUAGUCAUGGUACCAAGCGAUGGCAACAUCUUGUGGGAUCGAUACAUCUGGCUCGCUGGAGGCAUUGUCAUCUUCAUGAUUUUCGGCUUUGGCAAAGACGCCGUACGCAUGUAUCGCGAUGUCCUCUUGGCCUGUGGCUUUGGCAAGAUCUGGCCAAGCCUCAAGGAGGGCAGUCCACGAGCCAGUCUUGCUACCACCAUGAGCUCAGUCAGCAGCAAAGCCCGCAUGUUCUUCAGCAAGAACCGCAAAGACAGCAUGUCGACCAGUCCGACUACGCUCGGCAGCUUCGACAGCGCAACCAAAUCUGUCACUGACAGCGAGCCCAGUCCGAAGAAGAUGUCUUUUCUCGAGACUGUCAACGAAGGCAGAGGAAGCAACCAGCAGAAUCAACACACUGCGGCAACUUCAUCACCAUCAAAACAGAAGCCCUGGAACAGACUCACAGCCCACUUCAAGAAAGAUCAAUCACCAGCAAUGCGGUCGAACAGCAACGACCACUUCGUCCUUUCGCAGAUCUCCACACAGCAAAAUGUGCAUUCCAACGUUACAGCUGAGCCUGUCUCGCCUACCAUGGCAUCUCACAUUCGCUCGCAGAGCCGCGGCGACGGAGAUGUUCUGAUCAGAAAGGAGGUCAGACAAAACAGCGAGAUUGCCGGGUCGGUGGGCGUGAAGGACUUUGGUGGCGCUUGA